AUGCGCAUGGAGGACAGCCGCCUCCUCAAGCGCAUCCUGUUAGGAGCGAUGGCGGGGGGCGUGGGAUACCGGGGCGGGCAGGAGAGCGACUGGGUGUCUCGUCUAGGAGAGGACCUCGUGGCCUUCAACAUGGGAGACGAAAAGGAAGGGGGUAAAUGGAAAGAGAGCGCCAAGGACCCGGAGGUGUGGUACAACAAGGUCGAGGACGGGGCGGCAUGGCUCAUGAGGAAAUGGCACAGGCAGGAGGCGGAAGCGUCCGCGAAGCGCCAGCGCGCGAGGGAAGCAGAAGCAGAGAGUACGGCCAUCUCAGGACCGAAGAGAAAGAGAGUCGGGGAAGCGGCGGUGGGGGGGAAGAAACGGCGACCGGGCACUACUGUAGAAGCGAGUAGGGCGGCCGAGGCAGCACUUGUGGCGAACUAUGUACCCGGCUGAUGUUGUUGCGCCCUGUUUCCCUCCGUGCUGUUUGCUAUCCUCCUUUAUGUAUGUCCUUUUUAUUGCCUUCGGCCUCUGUGCUGUGUUUCUUCUUGUCAUGUCCUCCCUGCCUAUACUCUGCUGCGUUGGGUACCUUGAUCUCGCUUUUGCUGUUGCUCUUGUUUUUGUACAUCUGGCUGUCUGCCCAUCUGCCGCCUCUUUGUCCUGUUUGCUCCGUUACUCCCAUUCCCUGGUGCGUAGUGCCUGGUGCUGGUACGUUACCCUUCGAUUUUUUCCUUAGGCGGGUGUGGGANCCUCUGUGCUGUGUUUCUUUUGUUCAUGACCUCCCUGCCUACUCUGCUGUGUUGGGUACCGUGAUCUCGCUUUGCUGUUGCCUUUGUUUUUGUACGUCUGGCUGUCUGCCCAUCUGCCGCCUCUUUGUUUUGUCUGCUCUGUUACUCCCAUGCCCUGGUGCGUAGUGCCUGGUGCUGGUAUGUUACCCUUGGAUUUUUUCUUUGGGCGGGUGUGGGAAGCGUCCUCCUUAUUUUUGUUUUUGACUUUUUUUUGAUCGGUUUCCGAGGGCUCUUUUCUCGAACAGUCGGUGCGAUACCUGUUCUUUUCUUUCUAUCAUUUUGUUUUCUUUUUCCGAGUGGUUUGUACCCUAUUUUUGUUUUGUUU